AACACGUCGGGCGGGUCACGUGACCGCGCCCCUGUGUGUCUGACUGGGAGCCGAACAGGAGCUGCGGAGAGCCUCCUGGUAUACCGUCAAUCAGUGCGCUGUUUCCCGCUGGAUCCACCCAGACAUGUCGGCCUCAGGAAAAUAACAAGUCUGCGGAGACAUCAACCUCCGAUCCGGUCAGACCGACACCAGGAGCGGGGAGACAACAGCGGGUUUACCGGAGUGUGUAGCUGUCAAUGCUGGACUCCCUGAUCCCCCAGCUGUAGGAUCUGUGAGGCUGGGAGCUACCACGCCCAGCCGCCCACCAAACCACCUGACCCAACAUGAUGGCCUCCAGCGACGUAGACACCCGAGGUGAAGGCUCUUUAUUCUCCGACCAAAAUCCGUCAGAAAUGGACGCACUCUGUCCGUCUCCUCCUGGACCGUCCAGACCCCAGCGUCACUACGAGAGGAUCGGAGGACGGGCAGGAACCUCUUUCUGUCAGACUCUGAUCCACCUGCUGAAGGGGAACAUCGGUACGGGGCUGCUGGGUCUGCCUCUGGCUGUCAAGAACGCAGGCCUGGUGGUGAGUACACACACGUUUUAUUUUCUGAUCACAUGACAGGUCACAUGAGAG